AUACAAAGUUGAUGUUACUCAACACUGGCCACGAAAUGUAAUUUAUUCUUGCACCUUACAAAUUUGCAAACGCUUGAAAAUCUGUGGGUUUCCAUUUUAUUUAAAUUUCGCGCAAGUAAUUCAAAUAUUUACUUUGAAGCUAGUUUAAUCGUGUAGACGGCCCAGAGUCCGCGAUUAAAACUGGAAAAGAGACAGCCAAUCAGCACAAAGUAGAAAACAACGCCCAAAAAGAGGCGAUAAAAAAGAAGGCGACUACGUGUGUGGUACUAAUUUUCCGUUUAGCAGAAUUUAUUAAUUAGAUUUACUAUGGCUGAAAAAUACACUUUUGGCAACACACCGGCUGCCAUAACGUGCCACGCCUGGAAUAAGGAUCGCUCCCAAAUUGCUUUGUCGCCGAACAACCACGAGAUUCAUAUCUAUAGCCGCGAUGGCCACGGGUGGAAACUAGCCGAUGUGCUUAACCAGCACGAUUUGCGCGUAAUGGGCAUUGAUUGGGCAAAAGACACUAAUCGUAUCGUUAGUUGUGCCGCAGAUCGUAAUGCUUAUGUUUGGUCACAAGCGGAAGAUGGGAAAUGGAAGCCAACUUUAGUGCUUUUACGGAUUAAUCGUGCUGCUACUUGUGUGAAAUGGUCACCGGCGGAGAACAAAUUUGCCGUCGGUUCUGGAGCUCGUCUCAUUUCGGUCUGUUACUUUGAAUCAGAGAACGAUUGGUGGGUGUCGAAGCAUAUUAAGAAGCCGAUAAGAUCGACGGUUACUUCGCUGGACUGGCAUCCGAAUAACGUGUUGCUUGUGGCUGGUUCCACAGACUACAAGGUACGCGUAUUUUCCGCAUUCAUCAAGGACAUCGAGGAGGCACCCACACCAACGCCCUGGGGUAAUCGCAAGCCCUUGGGUCAACUCAUGGCAGAGUUCAAGAACUCUUCAACCUCUGGUGGAGGUUGGAUCAACAGUGUCAGCUUCUCUAUCGAUGGCAACAAAGUGUGCUGGGUGGGUCAUGAUAGCUGUGUGAGCAUUGUGGAUGCCACCAAUGGGAAUACGGUAAUUCGCUGUCGCACCGGUUACUUGCCUUUCCUGUCCUGUGAGUGGGUCUCCCCCACAUCAGUCGUUGUGGCCGGCUACAGCUGUGUGCCGCUGCUCUACAGUUUGACGUCGGAUAACAAACUAGUACAAAGCGGCAAACUGGACAAGUCGCAGAAACGUGAAGCGGGUGGCAUUACGGCUAUGCAUUUCUUUAAGUCCAUGGAUUGUAAUAUGCGCACCGAAAAUACGGAUGUAGUUGUGGACUCCAUUCACCAGAACGCUAUUUCCAGCAUACGGUUGUAUUCGGGUGAUAAGGCAAGUGCCAAAAAGGUGUCAACCUCAGGAGUCGACGGACAGCUGGUAAUCUGGACGGUCGAACAGGAUGGCAUCAAUGGAGGCAUGCGUAACAUGCAGAUCUGAGUACAUCCCUAAAAUCUGUGUUGGAACAUUGUUUUCCCCAUUUAUGUUUUUCUUAAUGUACCCUUCCAUUUCAACUGCAGUAAUUUAAUUUGUAUUUUUGUUAAGAACAAAAUGUUAGUACCAAUUCGGAUGCGCAGUAUUUUUGCCAAAAUGUUAAAAAAAUGAGUUACUUUUC